AUGUCGCAGUCAAUCUACUCGUCCUCAAUCCCAGAAAACCACAUCGAACGAUUAUCUACAGAACUCGACGCACAUGACAUUCCCUCAAAGCCAUCCUACGGCAUCGACUCACCUCUCGGGCUGAUCGCCUCUAACAUUCUAUCCCCACUCUACCUCUACGCAACCACCAAAGGCAAAUUCCAAGUGUGGGAUGACCUCCUCGCCAACCUCCCCAGGGAAACUUUCAGAUCGCCCACCCUCGACCUCGGCUGCGGCCGAGGGAUGGUUUUACUGAAGAUCGCCCAAAUCAAGAAACAACUCAACUCUUCAGAGUCACCGGUACACCCCGCAUACGGCAUCGAUCUAUUCGUCAAAGGCGAUCAGAGCGGAAACUCGCCACUGGCAACUUACAAGAAUACCGCUGCGCUGGGGGUCUGUGAGCAGACGGUCUUGCAUUCGGGGAGUUUUGCUGAGUUGCCGUUUUCUGAUGGUGUGUUUUCACUGGUGACGGCGAGUUUGUCAAUCCAUAAUGCGGAUAAAGCGACCAGGAAGCAGGCAAUAGGGGAGGCUGCAAGGGUGUUGAUGUCGGGGGGAUACUUGGUUGUGGUGGAUAUGGCGGGGUAUGUCAGUGAGUAUUUGAAUACGGUCAAGGAGAUGGGCUGGAUGGAUGUGUCGAAUUCUCGGGGUCACCAGACAGAAACACACUCUCGCCCGCCGGAUUACGAUAUCAUGGAUGGAAAUCAGGGGGUGGGUGUGGCUGUUCUUGCAAUGUCUCCAGAUCUCAUCAAUGCCGAGAGCAAACCUCUGAUGGGCAGUGACGAUACUACAUUGGGAAAUCAUCCUCCCUUCAGAGCUUCCGAGGACACUGCAGUCAGUCUAGGGAGUUACUUCACUGUAGAGACAUUUGAUGGGGCUUCUGCAGCAGUGCAGACAAAGUGA